CCCGCCGGAGGAAAUCCCAAUCCCUUUCGUAUUCCCUAGGGUUCAAUUCUAUUCGUUGCAGAAAUUAAAAUGAAUUGAUCGGAGCUCUAACAACUCGCCGGAGAACUGAUCGAUAUUUAUAUGGAUGGAAUGUUCGGCUUUCAUUCCGCGCCGGACUACGCCGACCGGCACCUGAUGUCGCCGGACGAUCUGUUCGACUGUAGCUACGGCAUGAUUGUUCCUUCCGUCGAUCGGAUUCCGAUGUGCUGCUCCGACGACCUUCCCGCCACCGGCAGCUUCCAUUGCUCCGUGGAUUCCGAAGCGGCGUCCGUGACUCGGCGAGGCGGGAGUCGGCUCGAGGAUGCGGCGGCGGCGGCGGAGGGCCACGGCGGCUACGAAGACGGCGGUAUUGGCUUAAUCAAAGAUAGAAUCGCGUCCCAUCCUUGUUAUCCGAAGCUUCUAGAAGCCUACAUCGAUUGCCAGAAGGUGGGAGCGCCGCCGGAGAUCGCAGCGUUUCUGGAUGAAAUCCGGCGAGAAAACGAAUUGCGUAAGCAUGACGGCGUCGUGUCUACGUGCUCAGGAGUUGAUCCAGACCUUGACAUUUUCAUGGAAACCUACAGUGAAAUGUUAGUGAAAUACAAAUCAGAGCUCUCGAGGCCGUUGGACGAAGCUAUGACCUUCCUCAACAACAUCCAAUCUCAACUUCAAAAUCUCUGCAAAGACGAUGGUGUGCCUUCCUCAGAUGAUGAUGAAAAUAGCGAUGGGGAGAUGGAGGAAAAUGAUGUCGGAGGCGACGAUGUUGUUAUGAGCGGUGAAGAUCGAGAACUCAAGAACAAGCUCCUGCGGAAAUAUGGCGGCCAUAUAAGUAACCUUAAAUUCGAAUUCUCAAAGAAAAAGAAGAAAGGGAAGCUCCCAAAAGAUGCAAGACAGAUUUUGCUUGAGUGGUGGAAAGUUCACUAUCGAUGGCCAUAUCCUACGGAGGGAGACAAGAUAUCUCUAGCGGAAAUGAGUGGGUUAGACCAGAAGCAGAUCAACAAUUGGUUCAUAAACCAAAGGAAGCGACACUGGAGACCCUCCGAACACAUGCACUUGGCUGUCAUGGACAACCUCGCCGGACAAUUCUUCUCCCUUAAUGACUAGUUAUUAAUCAUUAUUACAAUUAAUAAUAAUUAUUAUAUUAAUUG